GUUAAUACUCUCAGAUGGCACAACUCAAAAAAUAUUCGAUGUCUGGUCAGGAAGAUGGUCAAGGGAUGGAUUGAAAUGUUACAAGAGUGGAUGGAUGCUCGAGCAACAUUAACAGAAAGGAAAUCUGAGUCCACGAAAGCAUUCGUUGUUGAUGAAGAAGACGGAGGACUUCCUGUCCCACCCUUGGACGACAUACUUUCCUUUUUACGCAGACAACUUCAAUCGAGCUGUCACAAAUCUUUGAUGGCAUGGAUGAUGAUGGAAAUGUUAUAAUCAGCGUGGGCCAAAAGGACGAGCAAGAAAAGAAACAAACUUCAGUACUUGUCAAACCAAAUAAGCCUCCCGGAGGCAACUCAGGACGUGGAAGACCAACUAAGCCAACACUCGAACAGAAGCUCAACAAUGAUCAUGAAAUGAAACUCCAGGAGAAAUCUGACCAAAGAAAAAUUCAAACAAGGCCUGUGCCUACUCAACAAAACAAACUGAAAUGCCCCGAUGAGGAUGCAGAACAUUUGAAACUUGAGGCCACAAAGCGAAAGCUCCAUGAGUGUUACCAAGAAGUUGAAAAUGCAAAGAGGCAGAGGACUGUUCAAGUAAUGAAGUUGAAGGACAUACCCAAGCAAGGCCGUGGCAUUAGAAAGCCUCAUAAUAGGCCUUUGGUAAAUAGGCGUCAAUGAAUCAUUUCUUCGCCUUUACUAGUCAAUCUUGUGGAGGAGCAUCGUCAGUGAAGACUCGUGUCAAUGGUAUCAGCUAAUAACUCAAGAUAUAGUGGAUCUCGUCUAGUUAGGAGAGGUGCGCGUUUUGAAAUGUUGUCCAAAUUAUACAUUUUCCUGUUUGAAGGACCUGAAUUGUACCCCCAUUUUUCGACUUUUUUGAACAUUAGC